CGCUCGCAGGCUGCCACAACCUCCCUUCGUCGUAUUGCUGUUGAAGCUCAGCGUUCUCGCGACUCUUUAAUUCGCCGCAGUGGAAAGCAUCGCUUUGUAGAUCCUCACGUUCAUACAAAUCAAGUCACUGCUUAUUGUGCUGCUGAACAAUACAAUAUCCCUACUGCAGCCCGUCUCAUCCAGCAGCGUGGCUAUAAUGUUGAUCCCUUUACCACGGGCUUGUACCCUCAGGUCCUCCAUUUUCAAACACCCGGCCCAGUCAACCAAAACGGGUCUACCAAGGAACGCUUAGAAGGCCCAGGCGAUGUCUUUGUAUUUCCCUCCGGGUCGCUCGUGUGCUGGAACGUGCCUGAGUCUCUCCAGCUACAGCUAGUCCAUCGUCUUCUCCUUGCCUCUGCCGAGAACCCACACUUGGACCGUAUUGAAAUCGAAGACCUUGCAUAUGUUGAGGAUUCCUCACACCACACGAGUGAGAUCAUAGGCGAUACCAUCAUUCUUGGUACAAAGACUUGUGAUGAAGCUUCUGCUGCUUCUCCAAACCCUCCGCCCUCGCCCGAAAUGGACACUGUCCUGGCCAAAAUCGCCUUCUCCUCGGGCCUGGCCCGCUCCACCAAACUUGCUGUCCUUGAAGACCUCUUGUCUUCGUACUUCUCCAGCACCCGCUCUAUACCCACCAUCUUGUCACGCGGUUCGCCGCUACGCUUCUCGAGAUCAUUCAUACUGCGCAAAACAGGCGAACUCUUGUCCAUUCGUGCACAGUUGAACCUCUAUUCUGAGCUCACUGACAGCCUGCCAGACAUCUUCUGGGACAGUCCCUCUUCGCUUGGCUUGAGUGCCUACUAUGAUGAGGUUGGACGUGCCUUGGAUGUUGGUGUGCGUAUCAAAGUUCUGAACGAGAGGAUGGACUAUGCCGGAGAAAUUGCUAGUGUGCUGCGAGAGAGACUGAGCGAGAAACACUCAACGGGCUUGGAAUGGCUUAUCAUAUUUCUGAUCAGCAUUGAAGUAGGCUUCGAGUUGUGGCGCAUCUGGAGAGAACGGCAAGAAAAGCUUGACCCUACCAACACCGAAGCCCUUCUGAGAAGUGUUCUGUUGCAACAUCUGCAAUAG